GUACUCCUAUGGCCAGCGCCAACGCCAAAGUUCCCGCCUCGCCGAUUCCUAACGACGUGGACCCGGUCGAAACGAGCGAAUGGCUCGAAUCGCUCGAGUAUGUCCUGGAGAACCGUGGCCCCGAGCGCGCGCAAGAACUGCUCGCUGCGCUCGAGUCGGCCGCGGUGCGGAGCGGCGUCGAGUUGCCGUUCACGGCGACGACGCCUUACGUCAACACGAUCCCCCGGACGGAUCAGCCCGCUUACCCGGGCGACCGUGAGCUCGAGCGGCGCAUCAAGAGCUAUGUCCGCUGGAACGCGAUGGCGAUGGUCACCCGCGCCAACCGCGACCCCGCUUCGCCGGGCGGUCACAUCAGCACGUUCGCCAGUUCGGCAACGCUGUACGAAGUCGCGCUGAACCACUUCAUCAAGGGCCGCGGCGAGGACGGCUUCUCGGGCGACCAAGUCUACUACCAAGGCCACGCCGCCCCGGGCAUGUACAGCCGCGCCUUCCUCGAAGGCCGGCUCACCGAGCAGAACCUCGUCAAUUUCCGCCGCGAGAUGGGCGAAGGGGGCGGGCUCUCCAGCUACCCGCACCCGUGGCUGAUGCCCGAGUUCUGGGAGUUCCCGACGGUGUCGAUGGGCCUCGCGCCGAUCAUGGCGAUCUAUCAGGCCCGUUUCAACGAGUACCUCACCGAUCGCGGCAUCAAGGACUGCUCGAAGAAGCACGUCUGGGCGUUCCUCGGCGACGGCGAGUGCGACGAGCCCGAGACGCUCGGCGCGAUCACACUCGCGUCGCGUGAGCACCUUGAGAACCUGAUCUUCGUCAUCAACUGCAACCUCCAGCGGCUCGACGGGCCGGUGCGGGGCAAUGGCAAGAUCAUCCAAGAACUCGAAGGCGCGUUCCGCGGCGCCGGCUGGAACGUCAUCAAGGUCGUCUGGGGCGGCGACUGGGACCCGCUGAUCGAAGCCGACCACGACGGUUUGCUCGCUCGACGGAUGAUGGAAGUCGUUGACGGCGAGUACCAGAAGUACGUCGUCGCCGGCGGCGAUUACAUCCGUGAGAAGUUCUUCGGCAAGUACCCCGAGCUCGCCGAGCGCGUGAAGAACUUCGCCGACAAGAAACUCGAGAAGAUGAAGCGCGGCGGUCACGACCCCGAGAAGGUCUUCGCCGCCUACCAACGCGCCGUCACCGAGAAGAACGGCAAGCCGACCGUCGUCAUCGCCAAGACGAUCAAGGGCUAUGGCCUCGGCGAGGCGGGCGAGGGUCGCAACAUGACCCACAACAACAAGAAGCUCAACGAGGAAGAGCUCCGCGAGUUCCGCACGCGGUUCGGCAUCCCGAUCAGCGACGAGCGCGUCGCCGAGGCGCCGUUCUACCGGCCGCCGAAGGACAGCCCCGAGAUGAAGUACCUCCGCGAGCGCCGCGAGGCGUUGGGCGGCUCGGUGCCGGCGCGCUCGACGCAGCCGGUGACGAUGGAGGUGCCGACGCUCGCCGAGUACGGCAAGACGCUCGACAAGCUCGUCAGCCAAGCGCCCGGCAAGGAGAUGUCCACGACGAUGGGCUUCGUCCGCCUGCUGAGCGACCUGCUGCGUGACAAGAAGAUCGGCAAGCAGAUCGUGCCGAUCGUCCCCGACGAGUCGCGCACCUUCGGCAUGGAGGGCUUGUUCCGCCAGAUCGGCAUUUACGCCCACGCCGGCCAGCUGUACGAGCCGGUCGACGCCGAUCAACUCGCUUACUAUAAGGAAGCGAAGGACGGCCAGCUGCUCGAAGAGGGCAUCACCGAAGCGGGCUCGAUGAGCAGCUUCAACGCCGCGGGCACCGCCUAUAGCUCGCACGGCGUGAACAUGAUCCCCAUGUUCAUCUACUACUCGAUGUUCGGCUUCCAACGCAUCGGCGACCUGAUCUGGGCCGCCGCCGACAUGCGGGCCAAGGGCUUCAUGCUCGGCGGCACCGCGGGGCGCACCACGCUCAACGGCGAGGGGCUCCAGCACCAAGACGGCCACUCGCUGGUGAACGCCAUCGCGUUCCCCACCGUCCGCGCCUACGACCCGGCCUAUUCCUACGAGACGGCCGUCAUCGUCUUCCAUGGCCUGCAGAAGAUGUACGUCGAGAACGAGACGUGCAUCUACUACAUCAUGGUCGAGAACGAAAACGUGAUGAUGCCGGAGAUCCCCAAGGGCGCCGACGGUCAGCCCGACCCGGCGGUCAUCGAGGGGAUCGUCCGCGGCAUGCACAAGGUGAGCAGUGUCGAUGCUCAGAACAAGCAGCACCACGUGCAGCUCUUCGGUUCGGGCUCGAUCCUGCACAGCACGCUCGACGCCCAGAAUAUCCUCGCCGAGCGUUACGGCGUGUCGAGCGACGCCUGGAGCGUCACUAGCUACACCGAGCUGCGUCGCGACGCGCAAGAGUGCGAGCGCUGGAACAUGCUCAACCCGGCGGCGCCGCGUCGGCAUUCGUUCUUCGAGCAGCAGAUGGCCGGCGCCGAGGGCCCGAUCAUCGCCGCCAGCGACUACCUCCGCGCCCUGUCGGAGCAGCUCCUGCCGUACGCCCCCAACGGGAUGUACUGCCUCGGGACCGACGGCAUGGGCCGCAGCGAGAGCCGCGAGAACCUCCGCCGCCACUUCGAGGUGGACAAGGAGAGCAUCGUCAUCGCGACGCUCUACAAGCUCAGCCGCGACGGCAAGCUCGACGCGAGCGUCGUCGAUCAAGCGAUCAACGACCUCGGCUAUGACCGCGAGAAGAAGUCGCCGCUGUACGCCCUCGGCGAGAACAUCGAGUCGGGCGACAUCCUUUCGAUCCUCGUGUCGGAGGGGGACACCGUCUCCGUCGAGCAGGACCUGCUGGAGAUCGAGACCGACAAGGCGACCGUCCCGGUCCCCAGCCCGUCGGCCGGGAAGAUCACCAAGGUCCUCGUGAAAGAAGGGGACACGGUCGAGGUCGGUGCGGCGAUCUUCGAGAUCGAAGCGGGGGACGACGCUCCGAAGCAGGAAGAAGAGCCGAAGCCCGACGCGCCGAAGGCAGAGGCUAAAGCGGAAGAGCCCAAGCCGGCUCCGAAGCAAGAGACGGCGAAGAAGGCGGAGCCCCAACCCGCUAACGACGACGCCGAUGGCGACGCCCAGGCCGAGGACCUCGCCGAUGGCAUUCACCAGCCGAAGGCCGAGCCUGCGCCGAAGCCCGUCGCCCCCGCCACGAAGCCGGCGCCGGCCGCUGUCGCGAGCGAGAGCCAAGGCGCCUCGGCCGCGGCAAGCCCCUCGGUGCGUCGCCUCGCUCGGGAGCUGGGCGUCGAUUUGCGUCGCGUUCAAGCCAGCGGUUCGGGCGGUCGCAUCACCGAGGACGACGUGCAGGCCCACGUCCGCGCUGCUCAAGAGCAGGCCCGCGCGGCGGCCCCCAGCGGCGGCCCCGGCGUGCCCAGCAGCGACGCCGCGGGCGCCGUGCGUCGCGAACGGAUGUCGCGCAUGCGGCAGACCAUCGCCAAGAACAUGGUCGCUAGCUACACGACCAUCCCGCAGCUGACGAACUUCGACGACGUCGACGUCACGGAGCUCGAAGAGAUCCGCCUGGCGAGCAAAGAAGACUACGCCGCCCAGGACCUCAAGCUCACGCAGAUGCCGUUCCUGAUCAAGGCGAUCGCCGGCGCGCUAAAGCGGCACCCGAUCGUCAACGCCUCGGUCGACAUGGAAGCGGGCGAGGUGAUCUACAAGGAGUACGUCAACAUCGGCGUGGCGGUCGACACCGAUCGCGGCCUAGUGGUGCCGGUGAUCCGCGACGCCGACCGGCUGAGCAUCUCGCAGAUCACCCGCGAACUCGACCGCUUGGUGGACAAGGCUCGGGAGGGAGCGCUCGCCAUCGACGAGAUGCGCGGCGGCACGUUCACGAUCAGCAACAUGGGCGCGGUCGGCGGCACGUACUCGACGCCCAUCAUCAAUCCGCCCGAAGUGGCGAUCUUGCUGGUCGGCCGCAGCCGCAUGCUGCCGUGGGUGAUUGGCAAGGGCAAGGACGCGAAGAUCGAGCCGCGGCUGGUGAUGCCCCUGUCGCUGACGUACGACCACCGCGUGGUGGACGGCGCCGACGCCGCCCGCUUCGUCAACGAACUGAAGGGCUUCCUCGCCGCCCCGGGCCGCCUCCUUCUGGCGGUUACGAUGAGUGAGGCCUCGACGGUGGACCUCUUCGACGGCUGGCGGGCGACCUUCGAGGACAUCGGCGGCUGGCUCUGCGUGCGGCUGCACCCACCCGGGGGCCCGGGGCAGUUCAGGCUCGCCGACGGCCUCUGGAACGAGGUCCACGCCCGCGGCGCCCAGCAGGUCGUCCUCGAGAUGGACGAUGUGUCGUUCUUCUCGUCGGCACUGAUGAGCGAACUGGUGCGUUUGCACAAACGCAUUGCAAUGGGCGGCGGCCGCCUGCGGCUCAGCGGACUCCAAGAACACCCCCACGAAGCGAUGCACAUGCUGCGGCUCGACGAGGUGAUGGCGGUCUACCCCGACCGCGCCGCGGCGAUGCACCUGAUCUGGUUCCUGUUCAUCGGCCUCGUUGCCGGCUACCUCGCCACAUGGUUCAUGGAGGCGGGCCGGGCGGGCGUGUUGGGCAUGAUGCUUGUGGGCGUCUUGGGAUCGUUCAUCGGCGGCUUCGUCUUCCGAAUCUUCGGCUUCCAAGCGGUCGGCUUCCCGGCGACGCUCGUGUCCGCGACGGUCGGCGCCGCCAUUUGUAUCGCCGCCAUCCGCUACUUCGGCCCGAAAGACGCAGAGAAAGGCGAGCCGGCGACGCGGGUCGCCGGAGGACUCACGCAAAGGCGUGAAGCCUCAUAG